AUGCCAGAUUUCCGUGGUACGGCAGAUUCUUCAUGGACACCGGGUCAUCAGGGAAGCCAGGAUACUUGUCAUAAUUGCAGGUUCGUCAGGUUUGAUGGUGUUGGUAUGUUUGAGCUCGUCGUCGUGUCUGUGAAUGUUCGGCUUUAUGAACCUUUCUGUGAUCCCUCCAUGAGGUUCGCCGCCGAACCAAUGUGUUCGAUCUGCAAGCUUGACUCUUCACCCUACUCUCCGCAGUUCGUCUACAGCUCAGUAACUCGACGAUGCGAGAGCCGGUUUCUUCUAUGCAUGGUUUGGUUUGUCCCGCGAACUGGUUCGUCGUGUAGACCUGUUCAUUGCGUAGAGUGUUUAUCGACGAGCCCGUUUGUUUCGUCACGCCUUUGUUAUCUGCCGUUUAUUGUUUGGCUCUCUAUCUUCAACGCCUGGAUUUUCUCAACUUGUCCAGGUGUUAGUUUCAUCAAGUUUGCGUGGAUUUUUGAGCUCAGAUCUGUUAUUUGUGAGAUUUUAAAGCGUCGGUGGUUGUUGUGCGAGCUGUCGUGUCUUCGCGAGCCGUCGUCACAAGCUGUCGCAUCGCGCGAGCUGCGAAAUCGCGUUGUUGACUCCGAUGAGUUGGACUGCGUGGUUGAGCGAGCUCCGGAGUUGCUUGCUAUUCCGGAUCUGUGUUUGAUCGGCGAGCUGUCGCAUCUUAGAGCAAGCCGCGAGCUGAAGAGUGAGAUCAACAGACGAAAGUUUUUAAUUUUACUUUGCCCCAUCUCCGUUCAACGUGACCUACGUCAUCUCGAAAUGGCUUGGAUAAAUUGGCGUAUCGUGAGCUGUGGCUCGCACUCAAUAUUUGCCGCAAUCUGUGGCGUUUCGGGAGUAGGGUGUCUUGUGACCUGCUCUGACGCAAGCCCGUCUUUUGCGAUGCCAUGCUCGUGUUGGCGUUGCUCAAAUCCCGUAUGUAUCUUCCCUGCGAACCGUGGAGCUUCUUUUUUCGAAGCAAGCAGUAACUUGUCUCCUACGCUCGAGCUGUUGCUAGCUUCAGUUCCAGUUCUCGUUGGGACUCUAGGUUCUUCUUGGAGCGAGCUCAUGAGUUUGUCGGACUGCACGAGCUGUGGGAUUGUGUUGCGGAUCGUGGUUUGUCGUGACUUGAACCGCGAGCUGCUGCGUCCAGAGCUUCUCUUGAACCGCGAAUCCUCGUCUUCUCGCAUCAAAUGCGGCUUUCGUCGCGCCGUGUUCUUGGUGCGAGCUCUAGCUUUCUGUGAACUAGCUCGUCAUCACUUGUGCACGAUCCCUUCUAGCUCGUCAUAUCCGCAGCUCGUCGCGGAUCUUUCCUCAGCUCGCGACGCCGUGGUUCGCACAGUAUGCUGGUUUGUUCGCACCUCGCGAGCUAGCGAAGAAGGAAGAGAUCCACCUCCUCCUUUAAUCCACAAACCUCCUGCUGGGGAUGUGAAUGUGCAACCUCAAGCUGACAUUCAAACAAUCGGAGACUAUGACUCUGCCGAUGCUUUCUUCACGGAUAGAAACCCUAUCCAUCCACCACUUCCUGCAAGGAAUGACUAUGAGAUCAAGCCUCAGAUCAUAGCAUUGGUUAGACAGAACCAAUUCAAUGGCCUUCCAGCCGAACAUCCUCUUGAUCACAUAGAAAACUUUGAAGAGAUUUGCAGCACUACUAGAUCCAAUGGAGUCUCAGCUGACUACUUGAAGUGCAAGCUCUUUUCAUUCUCUCUUGGCGACAAAGCUUCAAGAUGGUUGAAGUCUCUGCCAGCUCACUCCAUCACCACUUGGGAUGAGUACAAGGCCGCUUUCAUCAACCACUUCUACACCAAAAAGAUCAAUUUCUGUAGGAACAAGAUCUCCAACUUUCGCCAAGCAACUAAUGAAUCUUUCUAUGAGGCGCUAGAUCGAUUCAAGGAGUACAUUAGGGACUGCCCUAAUCAUGGUUUCAAGGAGGGAAACCUAUGGAACAUCUUCUAUCGUGGCAUAGACCACAAGUACAAGCUUUCAUUGGAUACUGCAAGCAAUGGAAACUUCAUGACCAAGACAGUUGAUGAAGCUAAGGUUCUUAUUGAGAAUCUUGCAGCUAGUGAUUGUAACAAUUGUCCUGAUUAUGAUCGCUCAAGUCGCACCACUACUACUCCCCUGAUGUUUCUCAAAUGA